AUGACUGAAACAAUUAAUGUCGACUACCUCAUUGUUGGCGCAGGCGCCAUGGGUCUCGCCUUUGCCGAUACCCUGCUCAGCGAUAACAAAGCCACCAUGGCCAUUGUCGACCGAUACCACGCCCCCGGCGGGCACUGGACCGUCGCAUAUCCCUUCGUUCACCUUCACCAGCCCUCUGCCUUUUACGGAGUCGACUCAAAGGCACUCGGCAGCGACCAAAUUGACAAGCACGGCAUGAACAAGGGCCUCUACGAGCUGGCCACCUCCCAAGAGGUCCUCGCCUACUACCACCAGCUCGUGUAUCAGCACUUUCUGCCCAGCGGCCGUGUCAGCUACCACCCCAAGUGCGAGUACACGGGCGACGGCACAUUCAGCUCCGUCGUCACCGGCAAGACGUAUAAGGCGGGCGAGAAUACCAAGAUUGUGGAUGCCACGUAUAUGAAGGUCAGCGUCCCUUCCAUGGCACCGCCCAAGUAUGAGGUGGCUCCUGGCGUCGACCUGGUCACGCCCAACGAACUGGUCGACGUCAAGGAAGGACGAAGCAACUACACCAUCGUUGGGGCAGGCAAGACGGGAAUUGACACGUGUCUGUGGCUCCUGGAGAAUGGCGUGCCGCAGGACCAGAUUACGUGGAUCAUGCCUCGUGAUGCAUGGCUCCGGGACCGCGCAAGUCUCCAGCCUGGCGAUCUGUUCAGCGAGAGGCGAGCCGGGACCCUGAAGCUUGUGGCACAAGUCGCUGCGACUUCUCAAUCCGUCGAUGACUAUUUGGAUAAGAUGGAGCAGGGAGGAGAGUCUAUGCGUCUGUCGAGCGACAUUCGGCCGGAGAUGUACCGUUGCGCCACGGUGUCAGUGGCCGAACUGGACGAGAUUAGAAAGAUUGAAAACGUUGUCCGCAAGGGUCGCGUGUUGUCCAUCGGCCCCGACCAAGUCAAGCUGCAGAAGGGCUCGUACAAGCCAAAACCGGGAACCCUUUACAUCAAUUGCUCCACGGACGGCCUGGCAAAGCUAGACCCUGUGCCUGUCUUCCAGGGCCAGACGCUGCGCCUCCAGCCCGUGCGACCCUGCCAGCAAGUCUUUAGCGCGGCUUUCAUCGCGCACGUCGAGAGCGCCUACGCGGUCGACGAGGAGGCGCUCAAGAAUAAGCUGUGCCGCCCGAUCCCGCACCCAUACGUGGCCGGCGACUGGGUCGUCGCCUACAUCAUGUAUCUCCGAGCCCGGACGCUGUGGGACGGACGCGCAGAGACGAGAGCCUGGCUGGCUAAUUCGCGCCUGAACUUGGAAAACCACUUUUUGCCUACAGACAAGGCGCUGCGUGCUGCGAUUGUGGAAAAGGGACUGUCGAGUGAGAGGCUGGCGCAGGGAAAGCAGCUGAUGCACCGUCUGUACUCGCUUUUGGAUACGCUGCCUGAAGAGCAGUCGGCAGCCGCAAAGGCAAUUAUUGGCGACUUGCCUAAAAUUAAAUAG